UCGAUAUGAACAGAUUUCGAAAAUAUGUGCGAACCAAUCAGAAGAUGGGUAGAAGCAAUAUGACGUCAUACUAAUCUAUCAAACAUCACUAAAUAUUUUUAAACAAUUGUAUCUUUUAAACCAUUAGUUUCCGAGGCGUUUAACUUUGCAUUUUCGAAUGUUUCAGAUCAAAAACUAUAAGAUUUGACACCUUUUAUUCAAAAAUUUUUGGUCCCCUAAGACGAAGUGCAGCCCGAAUUAUUUUAUGCGCGCCUCAAAUUGAAUCGGAUUACAUUUCCAAUAAGAAAUAAAUACAAUAAAUUAUCGCGUGCACGAAGAAGCGGCUUAAAAUAAGGCAUUGUUCCAAUAAAUUAUUAUCUGAGAAUAUCCAAUAGUAUGUCUGUAAACGAAAAUAAAAUUUUCGUGCAAACAAAAGAAAAUGCUGUUCGAGAAUUCUCUUUUGUCGAUGAGGACACAUUGCCGUUGAAUGUUUCGGCACCAGUUCCAUUACAACCUUUGAAACCAACAUCAGCUAUCGUGGUCACUGGAUACAUUCCUGCUGAUGCGUUGAGAUUUUCAGUGAAUUUGUUAUGCAAGACAGGCAAUAUUGCAUUGCAUUUCAACGCGCGAUUGGACAGGGGUUACGUCGUUCGAAAUACGAAAUUUAAAGGAUGUUGGGAAGAAGAAGAAACUUGCUCUCCUUCUGGUCACACUGCUUUCCGACGCAAUUCCUACGUUCAUAUUUUGAUCUUCUGUACUGCUAAUGCGUUUCAGAUUGCGGUCAAUGGAGAGCACUUUUGCGCUUUCUCCUAUAGAAUGCCUCUUGAAGAUAUAACGAGCCUCGAGAUUAAUGGAUCAUUAGAAGAUACCAGAUUUCGUCAACUGGAAUUAUUUGUUUAUCCAGAUCCAAAGUUAUGUAGACCGAGCAAUAUUUUAAGCUUAAAAGUCGAGCAACCGAUCGUCGAGUGUCUCAGCGUUCCGAUUACUGUAGGCAUCGAAAGCGAAUUCAAACCAGGGACUAGACUUUUCAUUGCUGGAAGAUUAAAACUUCUUCCACAUUCGUUUUAUGUGAACCUACAAAAAGGAAAGGCAAUUUAUCCACAUCCUAUAAUUGCUUUACAUUUAAAUCCCCGCUUUUCGUAUGGUAGCAGCGCACCCUAUGUUGUGAUGAAUUGUUGGAUGAAUGGAUCUUGGGAACACGAAGAAAGACAUCACGGACAUUUAUCUUGGAUGCCUGGUCGUGAUUUUCUUCUGACAAUUCGAUGUGAACACGAAGUAUACACAAUAUGGCUGGGUGAUAAAAUGAUUGGAGAAUUUAAACAUAGACUGCAACCUUCUAUUGUUGAUACCCUUAAAAUAUCUGGAGAUAUUGUCCUUCAUGAAUUAGCUAUGACUUAUUCGAAUUAAAUGAACUUUUGUAAUAGAAUUUAUAUCAUUUACUACUUAUAAAAUAAAAUAGUAUUUACCUUUG